AUGACAUCCUUUGAGUUGACUACCCUAUUCUUUGCUGUGAUACAUGCAGCAUGCGUGUCUGCUUUGGUCUUAUCAGCUCGCGUUACUUUACACCAGGGCGAUUUGGCUCCAAUCAAGCAGUCUUUACAUCAGCAUGGCGACUUUAUCUGUAAAGCAGCCAAAGUAGGUGGUAUAAUUGAGGUCUUGAAAACAGAUGUCCUCUACAAGGGCCUUUUGUGGCGCUACUUCGCUGGAAAAUCUACGGGAGCCCUCGUCUUCUCGCUACAGCCGCUGAAAGGUGAUCAAGAAUUAGCAAACCAGCAUGCACCAAAAUCCUGCCAGGGCUCCAAGCAGGUUUACUAUACUGUCUUCGAUACUCAAUGCGCUGUCGGCUCUGCGGGCGGAUCGAGCAACACAUGUACUGUAAUGGUAUUCAUGCUGGGCUCCAAGAUCGUCCCUACACCAAACGCUGCUAGACCUUUCAAAGACAUGAGUCAAGUCUGCGGUGUCAAAAAGCUGGACAAGACUUCCAGGACGGCUACAUCCCCAGAUGACAUUGAGCUGUACACGCACGGUGACUUUUGUUAGAGGCGAAAGUGCUACGAGCAGUUUCUCGUAGCAACCGUAUCUAUAGAUUCUUAAGCUUUUGCGUGAGG